GCGACAUUCCGAUUCGGAUUUGACAGAAUUUUUAUGACAUUCCCCAUUCGCCGUCCAAAACGUAAAUAAAGUAAUGUGAAUUACAAUCUAAACACUGUAAACUUAUUUUCUGAUGAAAAUACUUUGCUAAAAUGAACGUGCAAGACAAAUUCCAGUUGGUGGUGUACGACGGAGACUUCCAUCUGCCAUCUCUCGACGUAGAAUGCCUGAAAUCGAUACUAUACACAACCAUCGCCGCAGUGCCAGUGCAAGUCCGCGUUCUCAACAGCGUGAAACAGUGUGCUUUCCACAGUGCCCCGAGUUUUGUUCACAAGAAUCUGCAGUUCAGAACGUUCAACGACGCCGUACUUUACCUGAGAACUUUGAAUUACAAUUUGGACAGCAAGCUGACUGCCAAACAGAGUAGUGAAUGUCUAGCUAUAACGAAUCUGGUUCUGUCGAAACUGAAACCCGUGCUGGAAUUCUGUUAUUGGCUAGAUCAAAGGAACUGCGAGGAGUUUACUAAUAUUUGGUUUAUGAAAGCGCUGCCAUUCCCCUUCAAUUUCGUGCAUACUAGGAGGUUCCGAGAAAGGGCCCUGGAUCUGAUCGAAACUUUGCAUCCUACUGAGACUAAUUUGGACUGUAUCAAAGAACACUUGCAGAUGACCGCCACUGAUUGUUUAUCGCAUUUGUCUACGAGAUUGGGCAGCUCUGAUUACUUCUACGGAAGUUCACCCACUAGUUUGGAUGUUGUUGUGUAUUCCUAUGUGGCUCCCCUCAUGAAGAUACCGUUUCCUUCAAAUGAAUUCGCUGGUGUGCUUUCUAUGUGGCCUAAUUUGACGAGUUUCGUGAAGAGAAUUGAUGCCGCGUAUUUCCCUAAUCUGCCUAGGGGCUCCAAGUACCUGAAGUUGGAAGAAAAGCCCAAAACUAGUGAUGACGAAGUAUCUUAUGUUGCGAUAUUGAUUCUGACUGUUAGUGCUACUUCGCUGGCAUUGGGCUUUGCAUUUAGUAGAGGAUUCAUUACAUCAAAAUUUUUGCGUUGAAAUAUUCCACAUAGUUUUUAUCAUGUGUUUGUUGAAUAGUUCAAAUUAUAUUUGAU